ACCUUUUUCCCAAAUAAUAGUGCAUUGAUAAGCAAUUUUGGCGCAUUUGGGCUUUUUAACCAUCAAUCCACAAUCAUCACCUUUACUCUUUUCUCCCUCUUUCUCAUUCCAGAAAAUUGUCGAACACGGAAGAUUUUCCCGCCAUUUCAAACUUCUUCUUCUACCCAAUUCACUCUUUCUCUCUCCUCAAAUUUAUCAACAAUUUUGCAGUAAUAAUCCAUUACCAAAUCACAGUAAACAACAGCAAGCUAAUACAAUUCAACAAUGGAAGCUGAGCAACGAAGAUCGAAGAGAAAACCCCUUUCUGAUUGCACAAAUACCCUUCAAAAUCGAAGGAAAAAUCCUUCAAUUUCUUCGAAAAUACCCAAAUCGCAAACCCUAAUUAAACCUCCUAAACCCUUUAAUUCAUCUGCUAAUAUUGUCAGUAACAAGCAGGUUAAUACUAGUUCUUCUAUUUGUAGUUCGCCGAAAUCGAAUACUAGUACUGGGUCUAAUAAUUCUCAGAAUAUUUCUUCGAUUCCUCGGUCUCCUGAGCCUCCUGCAGCUGCUACUCCUCUUUCGGAUGCUGGUGGCGUAGAUGGUAAGAAAUCUAGGCUUUCAGCUGAUCAGAGUCAAAGACAUGAUGCAUCCAGAAAGGAUAAAGGAAAGAUGGUUGCAGAUGAUCUUGCAGUUGAUCAGAGUCAAAGACAUGAUGCACCAAGAAAGGAUAAGGGAAAGAUGGUUGCAGAUGUUCUUGCACUUGAUCAGAGUCAAAGACAUGAUGCACCAAGAAAGGAUAAGGGAAAGAUGGUUGCAGAUGCUUCUAUCAUCCAGUUACCCACAUCUUUGACAUCUAAUUCCUUACAGGUAUCAUCAUCAUCAGCUCCUGCUCAUUGUUCUCGCCCUGAUAAUCAAUCUGUUCAGAAUGAAAACCUACACACUCAAACAAUAAAAGAUAAGGGAAAGGCAAUUGUAGAUGUUCGCCCUGAGAAUCAAUCUGUUCAGAAUGAAAACCUACACACACAAACAAUAAAUGAUAAGGGAAAGGCAAUUGUUGACGCUACCGUUAUCGAAUCACCUUCCCCAUGGACAUCGAAGUAUUUACAUUCACCAUCAUCAUCAUUCACCUCCGAUGAUUCUCUCUCCAAGAUGUCUGCAGUUUAUAGUCAGAAACUCCAUGUAAUAACAAGGAAGGAUAAAGGCAAAAUGGUCUUAGAGACUCCUACCACUGAGGCAUCUGAACCAUCAACUCCACAUGCGCCCCAUGCAUCACAAGCUGCUUCUGGUACUCGCGAGAGACCUCUAACGGUCUAUACUCAUAGAAAAGCCCGACAAGGAAAAAAGCAUGCAGCUGGAAAGAUCAGUGAGCCUUUAACUUGCCCUCCUGCCCAGAGGAUAAAGAAGAAAGGGUUGGAACUUGAUUCUGAUCAAGGUGAUAGCAAUUCUGGAUCACAUACAGACCCUCUUCCAGUGCAUAAAAAGAAGCGGUCUCGUCAAAAGUAUGAUGAUUCAGUGCAUGUUUUGCCAAAAGAAGAGGUAGAAAGGCUUAGAGCAAUGUAUGCAGAUAUAGAUGCUUAUGAGUUGCCAGAAGAGGUUGCUUCAGAAAGCGAGCUAGAGUAAAAGGAUGUAAGCAUCAUUUUGGUUUCUUAAAGGAGGCACUCCAGUUCUUGUAUAGCUGCUAAUGCUGAUAUAAUACAAAUUGCAUGAAAAAAUCAUGACUUAGAGUGUAGAUCAGUGUAACCUCAUUAGUGUUAAUAUCAAAGCAUGUCGAUGUAUACAUCAAGUCAUCAACCUUAGAAGAAGUAAAAUGCAAGGCAUACAGGCUGUAAAUUGCUACUGAUAACAUCAGUGGGUAGCAAAUAUGAGAGUUAAGGUGCUCAUUAACUGAUGCUCCAGCACUCCCAGCCCUCUAAUUUUGUUGAUAGUAGAAUCAUGUCCCGAUAGUAGUAGAGUAUAUGAUUGUUUAGGGUGAUGGUUGUGGCUGGCCGCAACCGUUACUUUUGCUGCAUUAUAAUUAGUAUAAGUUGUUUA